AUGAAGACAUUCCAGGGUUUUGGCCCAUUCGACAUCACCAUACUGAUAAUAUCACUCAGCACCGCCAUUCUCUACGGCUUGCGGAUUCGCACCCCGUCGGACUCCUUGCGCACGACUCUCAAGGCGACGUCAACGGCUUCGUUAUCCCUGCUCUGCGCUCUAAACGGGAAGUCAUGGCUGCUCGUGGCAGCUCUAGCCUUCGGCGCGGUUGGGGAUGCAUUCCUUGCUUGGCCCGGCGAAGCGGCCUUUCUCCGCGGCCUAGGCAGCUUUCUGAUAGCCCACCUGUUCUACGUUCGACUGUUCGCAGGUUUCGGCGAUGGCAAGGAGUUGGUGCUGGCUGAGGGUUGGCGACAGCUUCUCGGCGUUGUCAUGCUGGCACUGGCACCAAUAAUGGGCUUUGUGCUGGUACCGAGAGUCGGACCUUCUCUACGUUUGCCAAUUGCUGUAUACUCGGCGGUCUCGCUUUGCGUGAUAUUUGCGGCGCUUACUAUUGCCCACCAGCAUACGGUCACUGGCGCCACCCUGUUUGCCCUGUCCGACUGCUUGCUCGGGGCAGAGGAGUUUCUGCUUCCUGCAGACUCGAAGCAUCACGUUUGGAUGCAGUAUGCGGUUUGGAUCUUAUACUAUGGCGGUCAGCUGCUCAUCGUUUCCGGGCUCAUGGAUGGUAGCUAG